AUGAGUGUGAAUGCAGUGACAUAUGAUGAUGUGCAUGUCAACUUCACUUGGGAAGAGUGGACUUUGCUGGAUUCUUCCCAGAAGAAUCUCUACAAAGAUGUGAUGCUGGAGACCUACAGGAACCUCACUAUUAUAGGAUACAGUUGGGAAGACCAUAAUAUUGAAGAACAUUUUCAAAGCUCUAGAAGACAUGUAAGGCACGAAAGAAGUCAAACUGGAGAGAAACCUGUAUAUACUGAAUAUGGUAAAAUCUUUGCAUAUGAGAGUCAUCUUCAAAAGCAUGAAAGUGCACAUACUAGAGAGAAACCCUUUCAGUGUAAUCAAUGUGUUAAAGCCUUUGCUCAUCACAUUCAACUUCAAAGUCAUAAAAGAACACAAACUGGAGAGAAACCCUAUGAAUGUAAUCAGUGUGGUAAGGCCUUUGCAAAACACGGUACUCUUCAAAUCCAUGAAAGAACACAUACUGGAUUGAGACCCUAUGAAUGUAAACAAUGUGGUAAAACCUUUGCACAGAACAGUCAUCUUCAAAUGCAUAAAAGAACACAUACUGGAGAGAAACCCUAUGAAUGUAAUCAGUGCAGUAAAGCCUUUGUAUGUUAUAGUGCUCUUCAUUUACAUAAAAGAACACAUACUGGAGAGAAACCUUAUGAAUGCAUUCAGUGUGGUAAGGCCUUUGCACAACACAAUUCUCUUAAAAUCCAUAAAAGAACACAUACUGGAGAGAAACCCUAUGAAUGUAAUCAAUGUGGUAAAGCCUUUGCUCAUCACACUACUUUUCAAAUCCAUAAAAGAACACACACUGGAGAGAAACCCUAUGAAUGUAAUCAAUGUGGUAAAGCUUUUGCAUGUUACAAAAGUCUUCAAAUGCAUAAAAGAACACAUACUGGAGAGAAACCCUAUUUAUGUGAUCAGUGUGGUAAAGCCUUUACACAACUUAGUACUCUUCAAACGCAUAAAAAAAUACACACUGGAGAAAAACCCUAUGAAUGUAAUCAGUGUGGUAAAGCCUUUACACAACUUAGUACUCUUCAAACGCAUAAAAAAAUACACACUGGAGAAAAACCCUAUGAAUGUAAUCAGUGUGGUAAAGCCUUUGUAUGUCAUGGUAAUCUUCAAAAGCAUCAAAGAACACAUACUGGAGAGAAACCUUAUGAAUGUAAUCAAUGUGGUAAGGCCUUUGCACAGCAUCGUACUCUUAAAAUGCAUAGAAGAACACAUACUGCAGAGAAACCCUAUAAAUUUAGUCAGUGUGGUUAA